AAUAAACCCAGCUGACCAUUCCCUCUUUGGGGGCAAAGGGUUUUUAAGAGGUUUUAAGCAGGCAUUGAUGUUACCUUCUUUCCAAUUAAGCAAGGAAAGCAUCAACCCUCCUCUUUACCAAUUCUCAAAACCCAACAUGUCCUCUUCAGAUCCUGAAACCCAAGAAGAGCCGAAACCCACUUUUGAUGAUCCAGAAUCAAAAGAAGCCAUAGAGUCAUUCACUUCAACAAAAACCCUUGAAGAAACAGACCAAACAAACGCACCCAUGAGUGAAAAUCAAAAAGAGGAGGAGGAGGAGGAGGAGGAGGAGGAGGAAGGAGAGUGUGGGUUCUGUUUGUUCAUGAAAGGAGGAGGUUGCAAAGAUGCGUUUAUAGCAUGGGAAGAUUGUAUUAAGCAAGCGGAGGAAAAGAAUGAAGAUAUUGUGGAAAAAUGUUUUGAAGUUACCAGCGCGUUGAAGUUGUGUAUGGAGGCUCAUGCUGAUUAUUAUGAGCCCAUUUUGAAGGCUGAGAAGGCUGCAGAACAAGAGGCUGUUAAGCAGUUGGAGAAGGAAAAGGAGGAGGAAGAAGCUGCUGCUGCAGCUGAAAAAUCAGAGUCUCAUGAGAAAGAAAAGGUUUUACUCUUGGUGUAUGGUCAUUGCCAUUGGAAAAAUAGCGCCUGCACUAUAUGUUCAGAAACACAAACUGAGGCCAGCAAUUUUGCUUUCCUUUUUCUUGUUGGAAUGGCUUCUCCGAUUCUCUGUGUCCAUUUCUUUCCUCCCUUUAUUAACAUUGGCCCUUGACUCGCUAGUUUUAUAUUGUUUUUAAUGUUUACAUGUUUAAUGUUAUGUCACAUAAAAGCAUUCUUCAGGCAUGCUUGUACAUGAAGGAUUUAUGUGAUUUUCGGUUUCUUCAUAUUGUUGCGCACUUGUAAGCCUAUCAUUUACUGUGACACCUCGUAUUUUUCAGUUUCCAUGUUUAAUUUCAACCAUUUGUAAGUGGCUGUACACCAGCCAGCAAUAUGUUAGUAAUCAGCUUUGGAAAUCCUCUUCUAGACAGGUAAAAUUUUGUUCAUCUGUACAUGUUUCUCCCCGACUAUUGCUUGCUUUACAUUAGGCAUGGAUGAGAAUUCCAAGGGGCACAGCCCAUUGGAUCAGGGACAUAAAAAAGAAGAAAGAAUUACAAGCACAGGAGCAUAUUCCAGGAUUUGAGCACGUGAAUGGCCAUGUAAAAGUCAUUUACAAAGCACGGUUGGUAGCACCUGGUUGCAAAAUUCCUACGGUUGGCUCUUGAUAAUCCCCUUGACGAGCACACCGUGUAAGAUGCCCUCUACACAGUGGAUGUUUUCUUCAAGGAGCCAUGGCAAAAGAGACAAGUAGAACUGUUCUUGGCAACUGGGCUCUCUCAUCAGCAUCAAGGCCAGGCACUUGUGGCCUUUAUGAGAUGGAGCGUGUCCGAUAUGGAAGAAGAGGCCAUCAAAAAAGAAAAGAGGAAAGGAAAACGCAGGUAAGCAAAAGCCUUGAAUUAACCCAUGACCGAGGCAUUUAGCGACUGAAGUGAUCGAGACAUUUAUGAAGCUCGCAACUGUUAACCCUCCAGUCGAGCAUGGAUGUGUUGCCAUGAUGCGGCCCAAACCGACUUAAGUAUAUGCUUAGUACUGUGAGUUAUUUUUUAAAAUAAUUUUUAAUUGAAAAUAUAUUAAUAUAA